AGGCGGGGCCGCCAUCUUGUGGGCAGCUCCCGGCCCGCUCCCGCCCCGCUGCCGCCGCCAUGGGGAGGGCCGGCGCGGGCAGCCAUGGCCGGCGCUCAGCGGCGGCCGCACGCCCGGGUGGCCGCGCCGGGGGAGGUGGCGGUGGCGGGCGGCGCGGAGGGAGCGGCGCUGCGCUGGUGCGUCUCGCUGGCGCUGUGCGCGGCCUUCCUGGGGCUGGGGAUGAGCAUCGCCGUGCUGGGCCCCACCUUCCCCAACCUGGCCGCCAACGUCCGCAGCAACGUCAGCGACAUCUCCUACGUCUUCGUGGGCCGGUCGCUGGGCUACCUGGGCGGGUCGGUGCUCGGGGGGCUGCUCUUCGACGGCAUGAACCCCCACCUGCUGCUGGCACUGUCCAUGUUUGGAACAACGGUUGGGCUCUAUGGGAUACCCUGGUGUAAGAAAUCCCUGCUGUUAACUGCCUUGAUGUCAGUUAUUGGAGGUUCCAUGGGAAUUCUAGACACAGGUGGCAAUGUGCUGGCACUGAACACCUGGGGAGCAGAGGCUGGGCCACACAUGCAGGCCCUACACUUCAGUUUUGCUGUUGGUGCAUUUGUGGCUCCCCUCCUGGCUAAAAUGGCCUUGGGAGGCCCCGAAUCUAAAGACCUUCCAGUGGUUGAAAAGACAAACCAGUCUGUACCGAGAUCUGUGCUGACAGGACUGAAGCAACAUUUUGGUGCAGAUUUCUUGUGGUCCUAUGUGGUCAUAGGGACCUAUCUCCUGUUUGUUUCUUCUUUCUUUUUUAUCUUGUAUUCAAAGGGCAGCUCAGCUCGAGAGAAAUCAAAGGCUUCUCAGCAGAAAGGCACGCUUGCCAAAUACCACUAUGCCCUUAUUGCUCUCCUGUUCAUGUUCUUCUUCUGCUACGUGGGAGCAGAGGUCACUUAUGGCUCUUACAUCUUCACCUACGCCAGGGUCUUUGCCGAGAUGCAAGAGAACGAAGCAGCUGCUCUGAACUCUGUCUUCUGGGGCGCGUUUGCGGCCUGCCGGGGCGUGGCCAUAUUCUGUGCUGCCUGCCUCUACCCGGGCACCAUGAUCCUGCUGAGCCUCCUGGGCUCUGCUGCCUCCUCUUUGUGCUUGGCCUUCUUUGCAGGGCACCCGCUCUCCCUGUGGGCCGGAACCGCCGUCUACGGGGCGUCGAUGGCCACGGUCUUCCCCAGCGGCAUCUCCUGGGUGGAGCAGUACACGGUGGUGCAGGGAAAAUCCGCCUCCCUCUUCGUGGUGGGCGCCGCGCUGGGCGAGAUGUGCAUCCCUGCCGUGGUGGGGUAUCUUCAGGGCAGGUUCCACCACGUCCCCGUGGUGAUGUACGCUUCUCUGGUGACCUCACUGAUGACCGUGCUUCUCUUCCCCGUGAUGUACAAACUGGCCAACUCUCCCCGAGAGAGCAACUUGAAAGAAACAAGGGACAGUGAGUACCGGAAAGCUCUGUUGUCAAACUCGGGGCUCACUGAGGAUGAAGAGGAUGAGGAGGAUGCAGCAGAGUGGAACGAGGCAGACUUUGAGGUGAUAGAAAUGAAUGACACGCUGAGAAACUCUGUGGUAGAGACCUCCCGCAAGAUCCCAGGGGACUCUCCAGCCCAAGUCACUCUCCAGCCCCACCUGGACGAUGUAUCCUGUGAUUCUCCACUGGUUGGUGGUGGCUCCCCUGGGGGAGACGAUGGGAAUGUUGACCGGGAGAAGAACGAUUAGAGUAAAAGCUGACUGCCUUGUGUUUUUGAAAGGGAAGUGCAAUGGAAUUGUAGCUGCUCUUGUCAAGUGGUUCAAGAGUCCUGUCAGUGGCGCAGAGCUCAGCGCUUCCAUUCCUGCUUGCCCAGCCUUUUCUCCUCGUUCACCUCCAGCCUGCAGGGAUGAGUCCUGGAGCGGGAGCGCGCAAAGAGCAGAGACGUUUUCUAAAUGUGGGGCAUGCACAGGGGACUGCUCAGACCACUCAGGUUUUGGGAGGUGGGUGAGGGUGCAGUUCUGAGGUAGCUUGGUCACAGUGUUUUCAUGGGAGAGCAGAGAAAUGUGUGAUCUGUGAUGCUGAGCUCUCUUAUCUCCUGAAAGAAGAAUGUUCCUGCUGCACUGUGAGUUGGUGUGGGACAUGAACCAGGGCAUGAAGUCAAAUUUCAGUUGAUGCCCAGUGGCUGGAAAUUAGAGAACCCAUUGGCAAACUGGAAUGUUCUGGUUCUGUCAGUUGAGAAAAAAUGAUAAAUGAAUUUUUAGAAGUGGAACUGUGCCUUUGGGCCAUUCAAAAGCUGCAUCUGGGAAGGGGGGCAAAACGGGUGGUAUUAGUGGUAUUAGUCUGCUCUAAUGCUUAACCCUGGAUUUACCAGUUGAACGGUGGUGAGAAAUCUAAGUAGUCUCAAGUACUUGUGAUUGUACUUGUGGUUUUGAUUACAGUACUGAAAUCAAGGCACGUGUGAAGAUAAACAGAUUUAGGAGAUGGUAUUGACAUAGGGCUAUGGUAUUUUUCAGCCAGUUGCUUAAAUUAAGGUUGUAAUAACUUCUCUGGCUUCAGUGCCAGGACUGGAAUGUUGUGUUGUGUUAAAAUGGAAGUUUGAAAAGGAGAGGGAAUUACUGGUGAGACAAUCCUUCCUGGUUGCACUGCACGAUCCCCUGCCCCUUUCCCAGUCGGAUUGGUGCUGUCUGAGGGUCAUUCCCAUGGGUGGGGCUGGACAGGAGGCUCUUCCUGGUGGAGCAGCAGUGGUUGGUAGGGGUAGGGACACUGCUGCCAAGCAGGAACACCUGGGAUGGACCCGUUGGGCCAGGCAGCCCUACCCAGGGAGAGAAAACAAAGCAGCAGCUCAUGACAAAAUGGGAGUCUGAACCGUUGAACCCUGAAAUAUUGGGCUUGACAUUCAUCUGACUGACACUCCAGAUUUGAAAAGAUUUUUUUUUUUUAAGGCUGUGUGAUCACAAUGUGCUCAUCUUUGGGCUUUUUUUUUACUUUGCACUUUUAUUAGUAAUUUUCUUGUGAAGAAUUUUACUUUACUGACAACAGAGGUCGAGAUGCAGCAUAGCACAAAAACCUUAGAUGUUCCCUGUAUUUUCAGGUCUGGUUUUGCUCCCUCGUCCUGAGUGUGCAACCUAGAAUCUUGUGGCUUUUUCCUUCCUUCUGAGAAGUUAGUAAGAAGCAGGGAUGAACUUGUAGUGAAAAAUGCAUAAUUUUUUGGCAUCUUGCUCUGCUGAAGUGCCUCCCUCUCCCUCUGCACUUUGUUUUCUGUAUGUGUGUCUGUGUACUCCUGUGGUGUCUUUUCCAGUGCAAUGCAUGAACCUGCACUUGUUCCACAUGCCAGUCAAGGUUUCCCUGUGCUUGCAGUGACAGGAGAUGCUUCUACCUGUCAGGACAAAUCCUGCCCUAGGUGUAUGUGACAUUGUUCAGCAGCAGGAAGGUCUGUGUGGCCUUGUGGAUGGUACCAAGUGCUGUGAUGUGGCAGAGGUAGCCAGGGCUGCAGAUGGAGCCUGCACUGCUGCAGCUUCCCCUUUCUCCUGCACUCCAUGCAACUCCUGUCAAGAGCAGGGAGUGUUACCUGCUGGUCUGGACAAACCCUGCUGGGCUGGAGGGAGGUGGUACCUGCUGCUGCUCUGCUUCGGUAGGAGGUCCCAGGUUUCCUUUGGCGGUGUUGGGCUCUGUGCAGGACAGCCAACCAAGGGCAGGGACAGGGAUACAGGGCAGCUCCCUGCUGCAGCUCUGCCCCACAGGCUGCACCUGGCUCCACAGUGAUGUAAAAAAGUGUCACUUCCCCCCCCGCCCCGAGACCUGAGAUCAUGUUGCCAGAAGAAAAAUCAGUUGGAAAAAAAAAAAAAAACCCACACCUGGUAACCAGGAUGAUUUUUAAAUGAUUCACAAUUCAUAUGCUAUUUUUUUUUGAAUGAAAUUUGAAAUUGGAAUGUCCUGUAAGAUUGUUCUCAGGGAUAGUUAAUGUCUUGCAUGAUCAACUGCUAAAAACAAGAACAUGGGAAAUAGGCUGUAGCCUCUUUAACCUGGCUAACCUGGCCUACUGAACUGCUUUUUUAUUUUUUUAUAUAUAUAUAUAUGUGUGUAUGUAUAUAUAUACACACACAUGCCUGCAACUUGUGUUUCUGCUGUCUUCCCACCAAGUAUAAAAACACUGUGCAAAACAGUGAUUUAUUUAUAGUUGCCUGGCUGUAUUAAUUCCUGCAUGAGUCACUUGAAUUCAUCCCUGCUUCCCUCCCCCCCCCCCCCGCCUUUAAAAGCAGGAGGCCUGUGUAGCACAGAGUGCCAGCCUGGAAUGCCAAGCUCAGAGGAGCCUUUUGCCAAAAGGAAUAGCUCCAAAAGGCAGUGGCAGGAGGAUGGAGUGGAACUCAGUGCUCAGGAAUGGUGCUGUGUGGAGAGUCCUGUGCAGGUGACAGGUGGAGGCCUUUGGAUGAGUCUAACUUGGGUGUCAUCUUGGCACCUAGAACCUUCAACAUCUUUAGUUCUGGCCUCAGAUGGAAAAGUAUGGGAUUGGUUCUCUUCAUGCCCUAAGCACGUUUGUCAGAGCAGGGGCUGCCCAUCUGAGAAGGAAGUGGUGAAAGCAGAGGAGGUUAAAACAGCUGGAGGACAUCCAAGGCAGAGUCCAGCUCACAGGAGGUCUAGACUUCCUUGAUGUUCAAGGCUGUAUGUUUCCUAGAUCUUGGAUCCUGGUGUUCCUUAAGACUUGUUUUUAGACAAGGAAUGUUAGUGUUCACAUUUAAAUUUCUUUCCAAAGUAAAAUUGUUGUCUAGGAGGUGCAGUUAAAGGGAGGAUGUUCUUACAGUGCCUUGAUGGAUGGUCUGGUUUUUGGUUAGUUUGCAUAAAAGCACAGGGUGUGAUGUUCUGGUGUCUGUUUGUAUUGGGUCUGUUCUGCUUGGUGUGAGUUUACAUGGAACUGUGUAACGUGACAUUUAACAGCCUGACUUGUAUUUUUGAAUGUAAUAAAUUCUUAACUGGAGAAGGCA